GGCUGCUGGAGGGAGGGAUGGAGGAGAAGGGAGGGGGGAGCGGAGCCGGAGCCCAUAGAAGACGGCGGCGGCGCUGCAGAGCAGCUGGGGCGGCGGCACGGCCCCGGGUGCUACCCCCAGCGCCCGCCCAGCGCCUGUGAGGGCCCUGGCCCCGGCCCCCCGGAGUCAUGGGCUGCAUCGGCUCCAGGACUGUGGGGAAUGAGGUGAUUGCAGUGGAUUGGAAAGGUCUGAAGGAUGUUGACCAAAUCAACAUGGACAGCACCAGCUCCCUGCAUGGGAGUAGCAUCCACCGGCCAUCCACUGAGCAAACUCGAACAGAUUUCUCCUGGGAUGGCAUCAAUCUUUCCAUGGAGGACACAACCUCCAUCCUUCCCAAGCUUAAGCGGAACUCCAAUGCCUAUGGUAUUGGGGCCUUGGCCAAGUCGUCUUUCUCAGGGAUCUCACGGAGCAUGAAGGACCACGUUACAAAGCCUACAGCCAUGGGGCAAGGUCGAGUGGCCCACAUGAUUGAGUGGCAGGGCUGGGGGAAGGCUCCAGCUGCUCAACCACAGCACAGUCAUGAGUCUGUCCGAAGGGAUACAGAUGCCUACUCUGACCUCAGUGAUGGCGAGAAGGAGGCUCGAUUCCUUGCAGGGGUCAUGGAACAGUUUGCUAUCUCUGAGGCCACACUCAUGGCUUGGUCUUCCAUGGAUGGUGAAGAUAUGAGUGUUAAUUCCACCCAGGAGCCAUUGGGCUGCAACUACAGCGAUAACUACCAGGAGCUGAUGGAAAGUCAGGAUGCCCUAGCCCAGGCCCCAUUGGAUGGAUGGCCACAUUCCUAUGUAUCUCAAGGCAUGUACUGCUUGGGUUCUUCAGAUGCCUGGGAGGCAAGUGACCAGUCUCUCAUAGCCUCUCCAGCCACUGGUUCCUACUUUGGUCCAGCCUUUGAUGACUCCCAGCCCAGUCUGCAUGAAGUAGGGCCUUCCCAACCUCCACCUGGGCACUUAGCCCAGGGGUCCCAACCCUUACUGGGAGGAGACCCUGACUGGGCUCCAGGCAUGGGUGGAAUGGACCCAGCAAGGGAUGUGCCUGAGAAGAGACAAAUGCCUGCUGAGGAGGAGGAAGAUGCAGGAUGCCGGGAUCUGGAAUCAUUGUCCCCACGAGAAGAGCCUGAGGCAUCUGCUAUCCUCAGUCGGAAAGUAUCAGAUGUUACUUCCUCAGGGGUACAGUCUUUUGAUGAGGAGGAGGGAGAGGCCAACAAUUAGUUCCCUCCCAUCCGUGUGCUCCUGCCCUCCCCCUCCUCAAUUUUACCAGAGGGGCAUGGCUACAUCAAACAUCCUGAGGGCAAAGGGGAACAGCACAGCCAAGGCAGGGUCAUAGGGCAGUGAGGGACCCAGGAGUUCCCAAUGACCCCAGCAAUGGAGGGCAUCAGGAAAGAAAUUAUCCCUGCUUAAGAUCCAGAGACUAUUGGGCUGAUAAUUGAGACAGAGACACAGCUGUGUGGAUAUGGAACCUUGAGCAGACAAUGUCAAGGCUGUGACUGUGGUACAUGGGGCCUGCAAAUACUGAUCUAUACUGUAGAUGAAGCCUGUGGCAAUGGAGAUGGAGAUGUCUGUGGAUGUUAGAGAUUGGAUAAUGAAUAGAGAGCCUAUGGAUACAGAUUGGACCUUAAUUCUUCAUUCCCUUUAAUUUAGUCUUCCAGGCCUGAGCUCUUGGCAGCCUAGAUACCUCCUUGCCACCCUCCCAGUAUGGCUUAUUCUUCAGACUGUUCAUUGUGGCCAUGGUACCAGCUUAUUCCUACCCUAGGGAACAGAUCACCUGGGCACUUGGCCAUGGCUGUAAUGGAUGCCACUUCAAGGGGCCCACUUUCAAAGUGGGUGCAGAAGCUACCUAGAAAGGAGAGUUCCCAUCUUGCUAAUGGUUAUGUAGCUCUCUCCUUGGAAGAAACUUGCAAUGCCAGGACGAAGAAGCUGCCUUCAGGCAGAGGUUGAGGAUCAAUAAUGUGUUUGCCAGGAUCCUUGGACAUGUCCAGGUGUGAUUCAUCCAGGUAAAAAGGACAUCAUUGCGCAGGUCAAGAACUUGUCCCGAGAUAGCAGUAUCACCUGCUGGAUCUGGCUUUGCAUCUGGGAUAUAGAACAUGCUUUGGUCAGAGAGGUGAUUCCAAGGCUCUAAGGGCUGCCCUAGCUGGGUGGGUGGCUGUGGCAUUGAUUGGCCUUUGGUGUCAGCCUUCUCUUCUUCCUUUCCCAUCCCCCUUCCCCCUCGGCUUCUGCCUAGGGAGUCUGCCCUUGGGCAGAGAUGUGGGACAUAGCCUCAGUAUAUUGAUUCAGGUGCCCUGGCAAGGGGGCUGAGCUUUGGGGCUGUGUACUCCGUCCAUUCCCCUCUCUUCUCUGGAGCUGUUUACACUUUUCUCUUUGCCUUUUCUACAUUUUUAUAUCUUCUUGGGGACUCAGGGAUGAGCGAGAUGGUGGGGCUCGGGGGGACCUAGUAUCUAGACCGGAGUUGGGUCAUUUGCUGGGAAUGGAGGCAGUACAGCCACUUGGCAAUUCUGCUCCUUCAUCUAGAACCCCACAGAGUGCUAUUUAUAUGGCUUAACCCUUCGCACUCCAGACUGACAGGCGGUGGAUCAAGUAUCUCCCAUCAUGGGCGGGGGACUUGUGGUGUGGCACACACUCCAGAAAUCAUCAUUCUCUUACAUCCCCAGAGUGUUUAGGUUGCUCUGGGACCCCUUGGGUCUACUGUGGGACCAAUCUGAGUCUAGGAGCCCAGGGCUUUGAUAGGGUGUUAAGAGACCUAAAGGGGAGGAGUGGAAAAUGAGGCAGCUACUAGGGGACUGGACAGGUGAUAAAACUGGACUCUGCCCUCCUAUAUCUCCCUUCUUCUGUAGGGACAAAUUCCUCUAUACCUCCAGUGUGCCACUCAUUAUGUAAAUUCUUGGCAAACGGAGGCACCCUGGAAAGAAGGAAAGUCUAAGGAAUCAAUUCAGGUGCCAUAUCUCCAUCCUCCCCUCUCCCUCUGCUCCCCACGGACCAGCCUUUAUGGCAGUGCUCCUGGGUGUGUUAUGUGGCUUGCUACUUUUGGGGAGAUGCUCUUUCCAGUUGUCCUAGGCCCGGUCUAGAACAGAGAUGGCCCAUGAGGUCCUUCUGACUGUCCUCUGGAAUCAGGGGGCUUGGGAUGGUUGUCUCCCUGUUCUGUAACUACCCCCUUCCACCAAGCACAUGGUAGAUCUGAUCUAGCUGUCUCCUCUGGGGUUGGAUGGUUUGGAGAAGAAAGGGAGACAAUUACUCUAAUAACAAAUCUUGGGGGGCAUGCAGGAGUGGGUUUAGCCAUCAGAUUUACCUGUAUGACAAUUCCUGGAAAACCAAAAGGUAUUUGAGCGUCAGUGAUCAGACUCACUGAGGCAUCAACAGGAGGAGUACAUUUCCAGGUGCUUCAGUGUACCGUGUACCUCCUCUCCCACCUUAGCCUCCCCUGCUGUUACUCUCCUAAAAACUAGUCUUCCAUCCCUCCUCUCCAGCCAGGAUCCAGUGUUUCUCCUUGCCCAGCUUAUCUUCGAGAAAUAUAUCAUUCCCUUUUUGUUCUAGACCAAGUCUACAUCUCUGUCCCUGAGCCCAUUAUGGAUAUAUGAUCCUUUGGGUCCCCUAGGGAGGGAGAGGCCCACUCUACCACUCUACGUGAAGUCCGUUUCCUGCAGUUCCUUUCUAGUAGAGGCCAUUGGGAAGGGAAUCAAGAGGCUGAAGGCUCAAGCCUUCCUUUUGGCGAAACCAUGCA